AUGGUCAUUUUGUUUUGUGGUUGUCAUUGAGGGAAAUAUUUUUUCUAUUUCAAAUCAACUUUAAAAAUCAAAAUAAAUUAUUUUUAUGUAGAUAUCUUAAUCAUCUUUAACUGAAAAUAUUACCUACUUGAAAAUGAUUAUUUUAUAUUAAAUUUUCUAAUCAAACGAUAAAAAAUUCAUUUAUAAUUAUAAUAAGCUUCGUGUUUGUUUCGUACCUACCAUGUGUUUAAAAUAUGUGACUAAAUGCUUCAAAUACACUGUCCAUGACCUUUUACCUUAACUCAUAAUAAUUUUGACCUGGCUGUGCACUUCGAAAAUACCACUUAAGUACCAGCAGACAUUAUUAUUUUCAAAAAUGUCUGAUCCCACUAUACAAACGUUUUGCUGUCACCACACAGGCAAUAAUGAAGAUCUGGCAAUAAAAAUUAUGGAUGAAUUCAAUACUGAAUCUUAUAAUACAGUAUGUUUAGUGUCUUCAACAAUUGGAAUCCUUGGUUCUUUAUAUCAGAUCUUUCCUCGGAGCCUAUCUCAAAACACUUACAGACCCCAAAGCCUUUCUUCUACUAGAGGGCGACACAUCAUAGUCUGGUUGGCUGUUGCAGAUUUAAUGGCUUCACUUGGUGUUCUAAUCAGAUCAUCUUUAUGGUUGCAAUACAAGAGUAUUAUGCCCAUGCCUAAUGAUGAUGUCAGUGUUUUGUUUUGCAGUAUUAUAUCGGCUUGGACACAGUAUUUCUAUACAGCUACUUGGUUUUGGACAUUAUUUUAUGCAAUUGAUACCUGGCAUUCUAUAAAAGGUAUUGAUUCCCGUCCUGUACUUUAUCAUUCUCUGGCUUGGGGAGUACCUGCGGCUACCACUAGCAUUGGAUUAUCUAUACUUUAUAUACCUAAUGCAACCUGCCAUAAUAUAUCUUCUAUUUCAACUGCUUUCUUAAGAAUUCUGCCAAAUUACUGUGUGACAUACUUGCCCAUUGCUGUAGUUAUGAUAGUGAACCCUAUUAUUUAUGUUAUGGCAAGUAAGAAGAUUGAAAUGGCUGUAGCACUCCCUUUAGCUCAGUUCACAAGCAAAGAACGGAGAGUUGUUGACACACUGAGAUUAAAAUUCUUUCUUAUUAAUGCUGUUUUUUAUGUAUGUUGGAUCCCAAAUCUUAUUAAUGGAUUCUUGGUGUGGACCAUGUGGUUUAACAUGCCAGUUAAAGUCAUAAUCUCCAUAUGGUAUAUCAUGGCUUUAUUAAAUCCCAUGCAGGCAUUGUUGAAUGCUUUAGUAUACAGAAAAUGGAAUCCUGAUUUAAGGCGACAGAGAUAUACGUUGCCUAACUUACAAAAAAGCUUUUCCUUCCAUGAUGAGCAAUCACCACUACUUGGUUCAGAACCACCUCGUUUGCCACUGUCGCCAAUACCUCCUGCCAUAAACAAUAAUUAUGCUACCAUGUAAUUUAUUAAGUUUUAUACUUUUUAUAAUUAUACAUUUUGUGAUAAUUUUGUAAUAAAAAUUUGCAUUGA